CUCCUUUAUCAUUUUGGGUUUUCAUCUUCUCUUUACUCCCAACAAUAUAUCUAUAUAUUUAUGGGAAUAAGGCACCCAUAUUUAACUGCAGUAUUACAGGUUCUGUCUCACCAGGCCAAGAAGAGAGGAACUCAUUUGGAUCCUGGCUCCUUAGAGUCAUGUCUGCAGGACUGCCCGGAUGCCUGCCUCGGUCAGGAUUGGGCCCACAUUGUGGACGGACAUUUCCAAAGAAGGGUCAGACGUGCGUGGUACACUACACAGGGAUGCUACAGAAUGGAAAGAAGUUUGAUUCCUCCAGAGACCGAAACAAGCCUUUCAGGUUCAAGAUCGGCAGACAAGAAGUCAUUAAAGGAUUUGAGGAAGGAGCUGCACAGAUGAGCUUAGGACAAAGAGCAAAGCUGACCUGUACGCCUGACAUGGCGUAUGGAGCCACAGGCCAUCCUGGAGUCAUCCCUCCCAAUGCUACCCUCAUCUUCGACGUGGAGCUGCUCAGGUUAGAGUAAAGCCUUUCAUGGGAGCCGGGUGAAGACAUCUGCUGAUAAUCAUCCAUUCUUUCCCCCUUCCCUAUGGUAAGAGGAGGCUGCACUGGAAUCGCAAUCUUCCCUGCUUGAGCUGUCAUGCCAAUAGCGCCUGCCCUUAGGUUGUUUAUUCCUUUCCUUCUUUUUUAAAGUUGUUGUGUCCGUAUUUGUGUUCUAUUAGAAGCUUCUUUGCUCUGAGAAAAAUUUCCACCGUUGUAACAUUUUUGAGUUGUACAUUUCAUUUAAUUUGCAUGUGAUUAAAAUUCACAAUGAUAAUUAAAUAUAUAUAUAUAUAUAUAUAUAUUCCUUAUGGAAAAACCACUGCCUUACUGUACACAAACCAAGACAAACAAAAGGUGCUCAGAAAUCAAAUGUACAUCUCGUACAUGAAGGGGCAUUAGCCAAACGGAGUUACCUUCGCUGCCACUUUUUUCUCAACUCGUACGUGCUUGCUCACUGCUGUUUUAAACAAAUGUCUCAUUUGAAAAUUAAAAAAAAAUAUGGAAACAAUAAAAUCUUGAUACUUU